GAAAUUUAAAACGUAAUGCAAACAGCUGAUUUUGCCGGCCAUUGUAGCCCUGGUUACCUGGUUAUCAGCCGUUCCUUCUGGCCGGUUUAAUGAACCUCUGACCUUUGACCAAAACACGAAUCGAAAGACUAUCUGCUUCGGCAUAGUGUUAAUCAAGCUAUCAAACAUUGGAUAUAACGCGCCAAACCGACGGAUUCAAAUAUCGCCAAAGGCUGCGCCAGCUGUGAAGUUGAACAAAGGAAAAACCGGUUGCCACGGGAACGUGGACGAGACAUUGCGUGUUAAAAGAGCUGGAGCAGCAGCAGUUGGCUGUGGUUCGAUUCGAUUGAUUUUCAGCAAUUGUGCCACGCCGACGACAUGCAGGAGGCAUACGUCAACAUUAACUCAAUACCCACACACAUCUUCACGUGGGGAAAGUGGAUCGAGGAGACGUUGACCGAGAAGGAGGUGGUGAUCUGCAUAACGGGCAAUCCCGGACUGCCUGGCUUUUACACAGAGUUCGCGGGCACACUGCAGAGAGAGUUGGGCGACCUUCCCGUGUGGGUGAUCGGACAUGCUGGCCACGAUGAUCCGCCCGAGGCCAGCAUUCGAGAGGUUCCCCAGCUCAGCGGCAACGAGGAGUUGUUCAAUUUGGACGGGCAAAUCCGGCACAAGAUCGCAUUUAUCGAGAAGUACGUCCCGAGCGAUGUGAAAAUUCAUUUGAUUGGCCACUCCAUCGGCGCCUGGAUGAUCCUGCAACUGCUGGAAAACGAGCGAAUCCGGAAUCGAGUCCAGAAGUGCUACAUGCUCUUUCCCACUGUCGAGCGCAUGAUGGAGACGCCCAACGGCUGGGUCUUCACCAAGAUAGCCAUGCCCCUGUUCGUCUUUGGCUACAUAUUCUUCACGCUUUUUAAUGCGCUGCCCGUUUGGCUCCGUCUGUUCUUCAUACAGAUCUACUUCCAUUUCUCAAUUCCGCGUCAUUUUAUUGGUACUGCCCUAAAGUACUCGAAACCCUCGGUGGCGGAGAAGGUGGUCUUCCUCGCUGAUGAUGAGAUGGCCCGCGUUCGUGGAAUCCAACGCGAGAUUGUGGAACAGAAUCUGGACAUACUGAAGUUUUAUUAUGGUACCACUGACGGUUGGGUCCCCAUCUCUUACUACGAGCAGCUGAAAAAGGAUUAUCCAAAGGUUGAUGCCCAGCUUGAUACGCAGAAGAUUGCCCACGCCUUCGUUCUGCGCCAUUCACAGCUGGCAGGUAUCGUUCGGGACAUGAUCCAAAAGCAUCGGCGUGGAUGAAAACUAAUAUACCCUAGCCAAUUCUGUAGCCCGGUUGGGCUUAAGUUCGAUAGUAGACGACGGGCAAUCCCGGCUCAUUUUUCAUCCCAUGGCUAACAUAAUUAAAUGGACUCGGAUUUUGAUAGUUUUUUACAUUGUUGUCCAGAAAUCAAAUGACUAUAUUCCAAUUAUAGAACAUAAUUUAUAUUUGUUUAGAAGACAACUUUUAACUUGAAAAUAUGUUCGAUUUCUGGGCAAAAAAGUCCUGCAAGCCACUUAGCAAUUCCUCAUGCAUUCUGCACUUGUUUUAUAUUUUUAUUAUUUUUCUGCAUUUCUUGAAGGAAAUUCUAAAUAUAGUCAAAAGUGUUUUACUCA